AGCAUAAAUACCUGCUCAUAUUUAAACACGCUCCUUUUUUAUCUUUCUUUCUCUUUUAUUCAUUCAUUCAUUUCUAGUUGUCAGCCCCUACAUUAUGUUGUCAGCAUCUACAAUCUCUUCAACCUCAUCGAGUGCUUUUUCAACCACUGGCAGUUUCGGCAUUUUAACACCUUCAUCUCAACAUUCAAUUGAUUCUCAAAAGCAAAUAGCUUUUUUAAAUGAGAUCGCUGAAACAGAACAGCGCUACAUGGAAACCUUGAAUAUGAUCGAUUCUCAAGUGGCGCCUACUUGGAUGAAGCAAAUGACAUCUGCUGCACCCGAUUUCUCUGAGCUAUUGAAACAUAUCCAUGAUAUCAUCAAGGCUAACAAAAGAUUCUACAUAAAACUAACAAGGAUGAUUCAAAACCCGCAAGCGAUGAAUGAGUGCAGUGAGGUGCUUAUACAGUGGGUGAAUGAUUUGGAAGUACCUUAUGCAAACUACUGUCGAAGCUAUAUCCCAAAUCUAAAUGAACGUACAGAUAUUUUUGCAAAUUCAUUCGUUUCAAAGUUACUUCACGUAAAUUCAACCAUCUUUUUUUUUUCUAGUCUCCUUAUUCUCUGUAUAGGAUUUAUCUGCCAAUGCAUCUUAUGAAAUAACACUUGAAUCGUUAUUUAAUGCACCUAUUCAGCAAUUAAAGUAUUACAAAUCCCUAUAUAGCGUAACCUAUCAUGACUGUCCUAUUACCAAACAUGU